UUACACUAAGGACUAAGGGUAAAUGUCAUAAUAAUUACAUUAAGGUUAGGUCAUUUUUAAAUGAAAACAAAUGAAUUGGUGAAAAUAUAUAAUGGAGGAUUUUAAUUUUUCUGGAAGAAAGUUCAAUGCAGAUACAUAUAAACUUAUUGGGAAGAACCAAUUACACCAAUAUGGUGUAUUUUCUGAUAAUUUCAACAGAAAGAUAACGAAGUUCAAAAACAAGUUGACAUAUAUAUCCAACAUUCAUGAUAUUCAUCAUGGAAUCAUCACCUUGGAGCCUAAAUGCAGUGAAAAUGUGACCAUUUUAAAUUUAGUCAAUUCUGAUAAUAAAUUACUAACAAAAAUGCUUGCUAGCUUAGCUUCUAUUUGUUAUGAAAUGAAUUUGAUAAUUGAAGAAGCUGAAGAAAUGUAUCAGAAGUUCGUACAUCUCGAAGCUGUUACAAACCAGUUCAUGCAUAAAAAACCAACUCUUCAUUUCAUCAAAGAAUUCUUUGGAAAGCUUCAAAGAACAUUUUCAAUUGUGAUUCGUUCUCAGCAAGUUAUACAUUUACUUUUAUCUCAGUUGAAUGCCUUAGUUGGCAAUGGAUUUUAUUCUUCAAGCAAUGGUUCAAAUUUUUCAGAAAGCAUUGAACAUUUAGGUGAUCUUCUUGUUUGUCUUAUUGUGCUAGAAAAUUUACUUGAUGCCCCUAUUAUAAAGCAGUAUUGUGGACACUAUCUGAUUAUAGUUAAAAACUUGUCACAUGAUCCCAAAAAAUUCAAUUUUGCACCUGAACAACUGAAGUUCUUAGAAAAGAACAUACAGGAUAUACAGAGUCGGCUUCUUAAUGCAAAUAUAUUCCGGGAUGUAACAACUUAUUGCUCCUCAACAAGCAUUUGCUUCCCUGGAGUCGCUUCUGAAUUUGCUGCUCACAUAACAGAAAUAUUAAAUGAAUUGGACCGCGAUGAAGACGGUAUUAUGUUCACUCAAUCGUGGUUGCAAGCAAAUGCACUUGUUGCUUUUUAUUGUGGUAUGUACGGUGAUGUUGACAAGAAAACGGCAAAAAAAUUGCUAGAAUUCAACAAAAAGCGGAGUUUUUGCACAUUAGCAGGAAAAAAAAUAUGGUAUGCAGAUGAAUUUCUUCUGAAACAAGCUCCAAUGUUCACAAAAUAUUCCUCAGCUCAAAAUUCUUUAACCAUGAGGUCAAAUAUACUAUAUUCGAAAAAUUUGAACAUAAUAAAAGAAAGUCAGGUUCUAAGUUCACAGGCUUCUUUAUGCAUGAUGAAUUUGGAUAAAAUAAUAAAACAGAAUAUGACUACCAUUGAUUUGAAAAACAUUCAGGAGUCUACUGAAAUACUGAUUGAAGCUAUGAAAAUUUUGAAGAGGAUGAGUGAACUUAUUAAGUGGAUAUUAGGACUUCAUGCAAAUCAAAAUAUGCCUAUUGGAAAAUCUCAUUUAUUAGCUUUUUGCAGAUUGAUUGAGAUUUUGAAGUGUUUUAAAUUUUUACUAACGAAAAAUCUACAACCACAGACAUAUUUAAUAAUGCUUAUAUCUCAACAUUUAACAUAUAAAGCUCUGUCCAUGAUUAUGAUGGCAAAAAAAAAUCUUGUACAAGAAAAGUCUUAUAAACAAAAGCAAUUAGAUGUCCUAUCAGGUCUUUCCUUAUCUGAGCAAGUUUUAAAAGGUCCUAAUACCAAAGAUCGCCUGCUAAUUGCCAAAUUAGCAUUGUCAGCUAGUGGAAUAUCCAAAGACACUUCUCAAGAAAUCAAGUAUGUAAUAAAUCGUCUUCAGUUGAUUAAUUCUAUUCACAGUUUAUUCGAUGAAACAUUGGAUUGCUCUUUUUUAUAUGAACAUUGUGAAUCAUUGAUACCUACCUACUUCUCAAAACUUCUCGAAAACAAAGCCGAUUUAUCCAGAUAUUACUUGAUGCUGUCAGCAUUUGAUGAUUGUACAAAUUUGAAUGAAGAUACAGUCCUCAUAAUUGGAGAGAAUGUUAAACAAAACUUUUUGAAUUCUCUGAUACAAAAUGUGGAAACUAAUCUGAGACUUCAGACUCAUUUACAUUUGGUUUUACCUCCUUCAGAUCCUUUUCUGAACUACAUUUCACUCAAUUUUUCAACAGUCGCGCCUAUCAAAUUACGAAAUAAUUUUUGUAGCCCUAAAAACGAGACUGAGCAUUAUUUGAGUACAAUGUUUUAUAACUUAACAACUGUUGUUCUUCACGACUGGAAAACUUAUGGAGAGAUGAGAAGGUUGGCUAAUCUUGAAUACAAUCUUGAAACAGUAGAAGACAACCUACCAAUGCAAACUAUUGAACAAGGAUUAGAUGUUUUAGAAAUAAUGAGAAAUAUAAAUGUUUUUGUCAGCAAGUACCUUUACAAUCUCAAUUCCCAAGUUUUUGUUGAAGAAAAAAGUAAUAAUAAGCACCUAAACACUAUCAAUAUAUCACAUAUCGCAAAUUCUAUAAGAACUCAUGGUAUAGGUAUUAUGAAUACUACUGUGAAUUUCACGUAUCAGUUUCUACAAAAAAAAUUUUUCAUAUUUUCGCAAUUUAUGUUUGAUGAGCAAAUUAAGUCAAGGUUAUUGAAAGAUUUGAAAUACUUCUCUACUCAUAAAACUGAAUUGAAUCAAAUGUAUGCUUAUGAAAGAGCGGAAAAAUUCAAUAAUGGGAUCAAAAAACUUGGUCUUAAUGAGGAUGGACAGAGUUAUCUAGAUCUCUUCCGGAAGCUUAUAUCACAUAUAGGUAACGCCAUGGGUUAUGUUAGACUUAUUCGUUCUGGAGGUAGAAGAUGCCUAGCAGAAGGGACCUGCUUCAUACCAGAUUUGAAGAAAACGGAAAAUAUUUCUGAUGUAUUAUCAAGCGAAGAUAUUCCCGAUCUCACAAAAAAAGCUACAAUGAAGUUCGAACAAGAGUUGAAUAUAUUAUUGGAUAAUUUCGAGGAGGCUACUGAAUAUUUCAAAUUACUUGUUAAUGUAUUUCGUCCAAUAUUUACAGACGCAAAAAAUAUGCAUCUGAAGAAUUUUUUCAUUAUUAUACCUGCUCUGACGAUAAAUUUUGUGGAAAAUAUCAUAACUUGCAAAGAGAGGUUGAAUAAGAACAGAAAUGAAGCAGCAUUCACAGAUGAUGGCUUCGCAAUGGGACUAGCUUUCAUAAUGGAGCUGUUGGAACAAGAAGAGCAUUUUAAUUCAUUGCAUUGGUUCGACUCAGUUAAGAAAAAACUAUUAUCAGAAACAAAGAAUAUUCUUGAACAAAGGAAGGAAGUAAAUAAAGAUGAUGAAAAACUUCAACAAACAUUAAUUUUGACUGAAAGGAGAAUAAAUACAUACUAUAGGGAAUUUUAUCUGUUCUACUGUAAUUACAAGAGCGCGAGGAUAUUUUUUCAAUCGUGAAAUAUGGUUUUCUAUUUUAAUGUUAUAAUCUCAAUAAUUUGUUAUUUCAGAUAUAUAAUAAAAGAGUUUUAAUUA